CAACCGCACUCACCUUAUCCUUUCUCUAUCUCCAUUCCUCCACAUACAAAGUCUCACUUUGCUUCCAUCCAUUUAGUUCGGGCUGUGGAAUUCCAGGAAAUGGCAACCGCAAACGCUUCUGUCGCUCCCUGGGCGCUCGCCACCUCCCCCUCUGCCGUGAGCAAAGGGAAGAGGAUGAACAAUCCGAAUUACAUAAUGGGAAUGAAUGCAUAUGGUGGGCUAAAAGCUCACAACACCGUGGCUUCCCUAGGAGUCCCUGUGUGCGGGGAGCAGCCAUUUGCAACCUUGGUGAGCUCUUUGAGGUCACAAGGAAAAGGCAGAAGGGGAGGAGCUCUGUCUUCUAAGUGCAAUGCUGUUGGGGAGAUGUUUCGGAUUGCGGCCAUCAUGAACGGGCUUGUUCUAGUUGGUGUUGCGGUUGGGUUUGUUCUCCUCAGAAUCGAAGCCCAUGUAGAAGAAGCCGACUGAGAAGUU